UCCCGUUCCAGCCAUUCUGCCCGCCACCCACACGCGAGAGGGAUGAGGACGACGGCGAUCAGGGUUUGAGCUUGAGCUCCUACCUCCGCGGCGGCUCCCUCUGCUAUCGUCAGCCUUCUUGGCCCGCACGCAAUCAAAGCGGGAAACCACCGUCGCGCUGCGACCAACCUCUCCGCCACCGGAUCCGCCGUCUUCCUGCAGGAUGGCGAUGAUGAGCCGGACGCGAGAUCUGCUGAUGGAGGGGUUGGAGGGGCUGGUGCGGGAGGGGUCGUUCAAGUGGGGCCUCCCCCGCCGCGAAGACGACGACGACGAGGGACACGACGGCUCGCUCUCCGGCAAGCGCCCCUCAAUCGCUGGCCUCUCCUUCAAGGCCAACUCCGUCGUCGCUCGCUGCUCCCGAAUUCUUAAUGUUUCUAUCAACGAUCUGCAAAAGAACUUUGAUAAGCAAGCAUCUGAUUCUGUAAAGAACACAGGAAACUAUGCAAGAAACCUUUUGGAGUAUUGCUGCUUCUUGGCACUUGCUCAGAUCUCACAAGUUGCAGGGUAUCUUGCUGACAAAAACUUCCGUCGCCUAUCAUUUGAUAUGAUGUUAGCUUGGGAUGUUCCUUCUUCUUCAAGCCAGCAUAGUGUUAAGGUUGAGGUGGACAGCACAGUUAGUUUAGAAGCUUUUGCAAGAAUAGCACCUGCCAUCCCAACCAUUGCUGAUGUAGUAACUUGUUCAAAUCUCUUUGAUGCACUUUCAUGUUCAAGCGGAGGCUGUCUUCCAUUUUCUGUAUAUGAUAAGUACCUUUCAGAAUUGGACAGAGCGGUGAAAAAGAUGAAGACACAAUCUGAGUCAUCACUCCUAUCAAACCUCCGGUCUCAGAGAGGAGAAAGGAUUCUGGAAGUUGAUGGAACAUUGACAACACAACCAGUACUCGAACAUGUGGGUAUUUCAACAUGGCCAGGAAGAUUAGUACUCACAGAUCAUGCUCUUUACUUUGAAGCUCUUCGAGUUGUUACCUAUGAUAAGCCCAAAGCUUAUGAACUUGCAGAAGAUGUAAAGCAGGUAGUUAAACCUGAGCUGACUGGUCCAUGGGGUUCACGUCUCUUUGACAAAGCCGUUAUGUACAAAUCAACAACCUUACCAGAGCCAGUGAUCAUUGAAUUUCCAGAGUUGGCUGGCCAUUCCCGUCGUGAUUAUUGGCUGGCCAUCAUAUCAGAAGUUCUUUAUGCCCAUAGAUUUGUUAGGAAGUUUGACAUAAGUGGAGUUAACAAAGAUGAAACAAUUCUGAAGGCAGCACUUGGUAUUCUACGGUUACAAGCCAUUGAACAGUUAGGCUUCCCAGUGCCAAAUCGAUAUGAAUCUCUUUUGAUGUUCAAUCUAUGUGACAAAGUUCCUGGAGGUGAUUUUAUACUUGAAACACUAGCCAGUGCUAUAUCAUCAAGAACUUCGGAUCGAAGUAACCAACCUGGCACGAGUAGAGGAAUGCAUGCUGUCUUGUCAAACUUGGGCGUGGUAGCACCAGUUAAUAAUGGUGAGAGAUUGUUUGUUGGUGAGAUGGUUGUUGGGGAAAUUAGUUCCUUGCAGAAGGCCGUUAUUGACUCAAUGAACAACUAUAAGAAGGUUGAACUGGCCCAAGCCACGGUUGAUGGAGUCAAAGUUGAGGGGCUUGAUACAAACUUAGCAGUAAUGAAGGAAUUGUUAUCCCCAGUAAGUGAGCUUUGGAGGAUUUUGUUACUGCUCACAUCGUGGGAUGAGCCUCUGAAAUCCAUGGUGUUUUGCUUUCUAUUCUCUUACAUUAUAAUCAGGGGGUGGGUAGUCUAUUUUAUGGUCAUGGUGCUAUUGUUUUCAGCAGUAUUUAUGUUUCUCACAAGAUUAACUAAUCAAGGAAAGCCAAUGUCUGAGGUCAAGGUGGUAUCUCCACCUCCAAUGAACACAAUGGAGCAGCUCCUAGCUGUUCAAAAUGCUAUUUCUAAAAUCGAGGAGCUUGUCCAGGAUGCAAAUAUUGUUCUUCUGAAGAUAAGAGCUCUAUUAUUGGCUUUUCCAUCCCAGGCGACGGAUAAAGCUAUUGUUGCAUCGGUACUGAUGGCCUUGAGCCUUGCCAUCGUGCCCACAAGAGUGCUUAUGCUGCUGAUGUUUCUGGAGGUAUGCACUAACAACUCACCACCACGAAGAGCAAGCACAGAACGGUGGACCAGAAGGUUGAGAGAGUGGUGGUUCAGCAUACCUGCAGCUCCAGUAGUGGUAGAGAAGGAGACAGAAGACAAGAAAACAAGAUGAUAUCUGUGUAAUAUCCAACGUAAUCUUGUGUCCUGUUAGCUGAUGCAUCGCGUGAUGUAUCAGCCAAUGCCCACUCUGUACAAAGACCACUGUAUAACAGCAACGACAAGGAGAGUUACCUCCACUUAUACCAGAUGACUCUAAUGCUUUGUUGGAAUAUA